UCACUGCACAACACAACGGUUGUUUGUUGUUUGUAUUUAUAGUUCAAAUAAUUGAAUUCAAAUGUAAAAAACAUUAAUUAAUUAAAAUGCACAUAAACGAUCUUGAUUAACAAGUGAAAUUGUGAAAUUUCUAUAUUCUACUAUGUGAUUUUAUUGCUGUAGUUUUUUUUUUAGAGAAAAGCAGUGAAAAAUGAAUCGUACCGCGACUCUGGAGGCAAAAAAAGCACGCUUGAAAAAUGAAAUAAAACUCUUAGAACAACUUAAAAAUGAUACAAAUAAUCGUUUAGAAAAUGUUGCUGAAAUCAAUGAAAAUGACAUAAACAAUUAUUCAUUUAUCACCAGUAAUUCAGAAGAUGAAACAUCAAAUUCAAUUUUAAAAAUAAAAAAUGAAUUACUAAUAUUAGUUGGAUUACGUUGCAUAAAAAGUGUCAAGGAUGAAUGUGUUUUUGAAUUUCCAGCAAAGGAUGAAAACAAUAAACAAAUUAAAUAUUUUGUUCAACUUUUAAAAGCUAAUAGUGGUUUAAGUUUAGGUAAAUGGAAUUUUCCAAUGUUUAUCGAUGUCAAUGAUAUUUGGAAGGAAAUGCCCGUAAUUGAUAUCGAUACUUUUUGUGAAUUCAUUAAAAAAUGUAAACACUGCAUUCAUUGUUAUCAGAAUAGAAUGAAUCAAUUUAUAAACUUUCAGAAUUCUCUAAAGCAAUAUGCAAAUUGCACUAUCGAUAGAGAUCAAACUUAUAGACAUAUAAUAAUUGAAUUAUUACAAGUUUAUAAUGUAAAAAUGGAUAAUUAUAUAAACGUUACUGUUUAUUUGCAAUAUAAUUUUGAGGAAAUUAGACCUUUUAAUAUUAAAGUGGAAUCACAAUACGAUGGACUGCUUCCACAAGAAACAGAAAAAGAUAUAAAGCCAUUUUUCAAACCUUUUAAACAAUUUGAUUUGACUGAUGCAUUAGAAACUGUUGAAUAUAAAGAGAAUCUCUUAUUUUCUUGGCAAAGAUUAACAAGAGACACUACAUUGAUAGACAACAUGGAUUUGGACGAUAUUAUACCGAAACGUAAACGUUAUUCGGAUAAAUAUCGUAUCAACAAAACAAAAAAACGUUCCUUAAAUUCAGUUUCAAAAAGUGCUACCAAGUCUAAAGGAAAUGAAGUUGAUAUUGCCAAGUAUUUUACGAGAACUGAAUCCUCAGCUGCAACUAAACAAAAAGAUCUAGAGAAUUCAACAGACGAACAAACGGAACAAGAUAAUUCAACGAGAAAUUCAAGUCCUUUAAAGAAAAAGACAAAGAAAUUAAAGCGUUUAAAGUCAAAUAAAAAUAUCAAUCUUAAAAAUACAAAAAUAAUGCUUAAGAAAGAUGAUUCAAAAAAUACUGUAUCAACAAAAAAUUACGAUAACAAAAUAAUUCCCGAAGAGAAAAGAAUUUUACGACCAUCGUCAAUUUCACCGACAAAAAAUAUGAGUCCAAAGAAAAUUUCACCACAAAAAAAUGGCAUAUUCUCAAAAUCAUCAACAAUAAAUUCAUCGAUAAUUAAUGCGAGUUCAAAGAAAAAUUCAUCCAAAAAAUUAGGACGACCUUUAAAAAAAUCAUUAAAAACAACAAUAAAUUCACCGAAAAAAAUUACGAGUGCAAUGAAAAAUUUGUCCAAAAAAGUAGGAAGACCUUUAAAGAAUCCAUUAAAGACAACAGAAAAUUCACCGAAAAAGAAUAUGAGUCCAAUAAAAAUAUCGCCGAAAAAAGUAGGAAGACCUUUAAAGAACCCAUUAGAAACAACGACAAAUUCACCGGAAAAGAAGGCGAGUCCAAUAAAAUUAUCGCCGAAAAAAGUAGGAAGACCUUUAAAGAACCCAUUAGAAACAACGACAAAUUCACCGGAAAAGAAGACGAGUCCAAUAAAAUUAACGCCGAAAAAAGUUGGAAGACCUUUAAAGAACCCAUUAGAAACAACGACAAAUUCACCGGAAAAGAAGACGAGUCCAACAAAAUUAACGCCGAAAAAAGUAGGAAGACCUUUAAAGAACUCAUUAAAAACGACAAAUUCACCGACAAAGAAUACAAGUCCAAUGAAAAUAUCACCGAAAAAAGUAAAAAGUCCUUUAAAGAAACCAUUAAAAACAACGAAAAAUUCACCGAAAAAAAAUACGAGUCCAAUGAAAAUAUCACCGAAAAAAUUAGAAAGCCCUUUAAGGAAACCAUUAAAAACAACAACAAAUUCACCGAAAAAAAAUACAAGUCCAAUUGAAAUAUCACCGAAAAAAGUAGGACGACCUUCAAAAAAAACAUUGCCAUCUGAUGAAAUAAUUAAAUUGAAAAAAUUAGAAAAUCUCAAGAAAUUAGUUUCAUCAAAAACAAAAGUAUCACCCACAAUUUCUAAUGUUAAAUUUAAACAAACAAAUUUACAAAUUCCAAAAUUUGAUAAAAAUAUUUCACCAACAAAAAUGUUAACAAUCAAUUUAAAUACUAGUGAUAAAGUUUUAAGAUCAAAAUUCAUUACAAGUACACCGCAUCCUGAGAAAAAUAUUAAACGUUUAAAACAAUCUUUGAUUGACAUGAAUCUUAGUGAAAUUAAAGAUACAAAACAGAGACGCGUUGCAAAAAGUCCUACAAAACAAACUAUCAACAAGAAUUCAAAUGAAAAAAAAGAUAAGUAAAUAAUAAUACAAAUAUUAUUUUAAAUACAAACGUAAAAUAAUAAACUUUUGCUUUAUAUAUUAAUAUUUCAAAAAAGUUUUUU